UAAGCGGGUAAUUCGUUGUUUCUGUUCUGCGAAGCAAAAGAGAGAGAAUAAAACUAAUGGGACGAUCCCAAAGUUUCCUAUUCUCAAGCUUUCAAUUCAAACCCUAACCUCCGAUUAUAGCGGUCACACCUGUCGUCUCAAUCGCAAACCUAUUUCUUCUCUCUCCUUCACGAUCCUUCUUCCUCCCUUAAGCUUAUCUUCUUUCUUCCUCAUAAGGAAAGUGUUUUCCUUUUCUUGUCUCAGCAUCUGAAUCAAAGGAAAGUUUUUCUUCUUAAAUUAGGAUGGGCCGAGUGAAGUUAAAGAUAAAGAAACUAGAUAGCAUUAAUGCACGACAAGCUACGUAUUGCAAAAGGAAAAAUGGGAUAAUGAAAAAGGCUAAAGAGUUGUCCAUCUUAUGCGACAUAGAUGUUGUGCUUCUCAUGUUCUCUCCCGCAGGAAAGCCUUCGCUGUGCUGCGGAAAACACAGCAUUGGAGAAGUCAUUGCUAAGUUUGCUCAACUUGCUCCGCAAGAACGGGCAAAGAGGAAGUUGGACAAUCUGGAAGCCUUGAAGAAAACAUUUAUGAAGCUUGACCAUGAUGUAAAUAUAUCGGAAUUUCUAGAAAGAAGUAAACCAACAAUUGAGGUUCUAAGCGAACAAGUUAGGUUUCUACAAACACACUUAUCAGAAAUACACACAAGGCUAAGCUAUUGGACUGAGGUGGAGAAGGUUGACAGCAUAGAUGAUUUGCAGCAACUAGAAAAUUCAGUAAGACAGUCUUUGUAUCAAAUCCGUGUUCAUAAGGAGAACUUGCUGCACCAUCAGCAGCAGCAAAUUAUGUCCAUUGAAUGCAAAAACGAGUUGCAGAGUGACAUAGAUCUGGAUUUUGGAAUUGAUAUAGAGCAACAGCUUGAGAAUUUUUCAUGGGUUCGUACUGAUGAAAACAUGAAUGCUCCUCUAAAAGAAGAAGACCCUAAUCUGCAGUUUUAUCAUACCUAUAAGGACCUAGCGUGCUCCGCAAGUUCAUCUCUUGAGAGCUACUCCGGAUUGUUUGGUAAAAGCUCAGAUAUCAAAACACCAAAACUAGAAACCGGUGGCAAUCCCGGGCCUUUGGUUGAUCCAAAUCUGCAAUACAGCAACCUCAGUUUCCUAAAUGAUCCAAAGCUUCAGCAACUAGCUGAAUGGAACCUAUUAGGAAGUCCUGCGGAUUACUACGUUAGCCAAAUCUUGGAAGCUUCUUAUAGGCCUCAGUUUGGAGGAAACUGGCCUUCUUCUGAGACGUUAAAUUAUCCUUUUAACGUCUUUGAUGAUCCUCUGCUUUCACGGCAGCCAGACCUAUAAGUAGCUGUGGAAAAAACACGAAACGUUGAUCCGAAAACGGGCCUUGUAUUUGAGCAGUCACGAGAACGCGGAAGAAGCUAUAGGAUUGAUGAGUUACAAGGGAAACAAAAAAAAGAAAAUACUAAAAAUAUACUCCUGAUACAAUACCGAGUUGCUUGUUAGGUACACGACCUUGGAUCAUUAUAAAUUGUAAGAAAAUAAGAAUGAGUAAAUUCUAGAUUAUAGUUUUGUUUGUGAUUGGGUUUGGAAUUGGAUUUUAUAAAAUAAAAAGU